CAGUCAUACAUAACAAAGCCGGUGCCUGCCUCUGGUCACUCUCUUCAGUUUUAAUUUGUUAUAAUAAUCGAAUUCUUUAGAAUUAUAAUUUAUCUGUCUUUCUACGCAAUAUAUAUAAUUUUUUUCAAGUAAUAUACAACUCCUGACCAACAUGCAGUCCGUACUCACCCGCUCGUUUAACAUUGCUCGCAGAUCUUUUAACGUUCGGCAGAUUGCUUCAUUGUCUGCCCUUUCCGAAACCCAUCAGAUGCUGCAGAAGUCCUGCAGGGAUUUUGCCAACUGUGAGCUGAGCGGAAAUGCGGCCAAAUUUGAUCGGGAGCAUCUUUAUCCGGAAAAACAGAUCCGCCAGAUGGGUGAACUGGGUGUGAUGGCUGUUGCCAUUCCCGAGGAUCUAGGUGGCACUGGUCUGGAUUAUGUGGCCUACGCUAUUGCUAUGGAAGAAAUCUCGCGAGGAUGUGCCUCCGCUGGAGUCAUCAUGUCGGUAAACAAUUCUCUGUAUUUAGGACCCCUUCUCUCUUUCGGAAACGAUGCCCAGAAAGCCGACUACAUCACUCCCUAUACAACCGGCGAACGAGUGGGUUGCUUUGCCCUUUCUGAACCUGGAAAUGGAUCCGAUGCCGGAGCCGCGUCAACAAUAGCCACCGAUAAAGGAGAUCACUUUCUGCUGAAUGGCACCAAGGCCUGGAUUACCAAUGCCUUUGAGGCGGAGGCAGCGAUUGUAUUUGCCACCACUAACAAACAGCUAAAGCACAAGGGCAUAUCCGCUUUCAUCGUGCCGAAAGGUGUUAAAGGAUUCUCGCUGGGCAAGAAGGAAGAUAAGCUGGGCAUUCGAGGAUCUUCGACUUGCCAGCUGAUAUUCGAGGAUUGCGUGGUGCCCAAGGAGAACAUGUUGGGCGAAGCCGGUUCCGGUUUCAAGAUUGCCAUGCAGACGUUAGAUGCCGGACGGAUAGGAAUCGCUGGUCAGGCGCUUGGUAUUGGCCAGGCAGCACUGGAGCUGGCCGUGGACUAUGCCCAGAAGCGUCAGGCGUUUGGAAAGCCCAUCUCUAAACUGCAGUCCAUACAGCAAAAGAUCGCGGACAUGUCGCUGGCUAUGGAAUCUGCACGUUUGCUCACCUGGCGCGCCGCAUGGCUAAAGGACAACAAACAAUCUUACACUAAGGAGGCAGCCAUGGCUAAAUUGGCUGCCUCAGAGGCGGCUACCUUGUGCUCCCAUCAAUGCAUUCAGAUUCUGGGAGGAAUGGGCUAUGUAACCGACAUGGCAGCCGAACGACAUUAUAGGGACGCCCGCAUCACAGAGAUCUACGAGGGCACUUCAGAAAUCCAAAGGCUGGUCAUCGCAGGAUCCAUACUCAAGGAAUAUGCUAGCUAAGAUAAAGUUUCGCAAAGUUAAGAACAAUGUAUAUGCCCUUAAUGACAUUUAUUCUAAAAAAUUGUAAAAAUGAUAUUUGAGUCACUAGUAAUAAAGUUUUUCAUUUUCCUA